GCAUCUGGUCCGUGGAUUGCUGAUAUUUGCUGCUGUGAUGCUGAUUGUGGCACUGUCCUGUUGUGUGUUUGGUGUGUACAAACACAAGAAAGCUAAGUUGAGAAGGACGUCUCCAGAAAAGAUAUAUGCGGCACAGACACCAGUACAGAGAACUUCCCCUAACACUAGAUCUAUCGUCUACUACACGGCAAAAAGUGGAAUGAAACUCGACAACGACGAAACGAAGAAGACACGCCCUGAACGCAACACCCAACCACAGAGAAGUGCAGCCAGUGUACCAACUCAUGAUACAACUGCGCCGCCGGUGUAUUCAGAGAAUGCCUCCGCAGACUCGAACCUUCCGCCGUACUUGGGCCACACACCGCCUCCCCCGUACUCGUUUGGAAAACCACCAGUGGCACCAAACUCGACUAAUUUCCCUUGAGAAACUGAAGAAAAAACUUUUUUUUUAUUUUUUUAUUUUUUUCAUGUUGUACUUUUUGAAAACGAAUGCAAAACGUCAUACUAUGGUGAAAUAAUUGAAAUAGUCACCAUUUACCUCGCCUUCAUACUGCUGAAUUUUGGAAUUGUGUGUGAUAUUUUCAGCUGUCUUUGGUGAGACUGUGAUGUUAACUAUAAGCAGCCAAUCGUAUUGAGCCUUAUUAGUAAUUAGAUUGACCACGUGUAGGUACUAGACUGUUUAAUAGACAAAUCAUUAUUCCAUUUUGCACCAAUAGAAUUAGUUUUAGAAAAUAACUAGUGGUCUUAGAAUGUAACAAACAUUUAGAUAUAUUGUUAUUAAUUUUUAUACUAAUGUUAUUUAUACUAUCAAUUAUUUGUUGAUUGUGCAUUUCAUAUAUUAUAUACAUGUACUCGGUUGCUGGCGACUAUAGGAAUUUUAUGCUAACAAUGCAAACCAAAUACGGUAUUUUCUUUAAAAAAAAUAGCUAGAAUUAGUAUGCAAAAUAUGGUCUUAAUAUAAUCCUAAUUUAUUUUUCUGAAAUGAAAGCGAAUGUUUAUUUACCAUGUUAAAAGUUUAUAAAAUAUGUUAAUUGUCAGUAUUUCUUCAUUGUUACUGAAUAAAUUUCUCAUCUGUUUUC